AUUUGCCUACCACUUCUCUCCUACACGGCUUAAACUCCAAAAGCGCAGAAAAAUCUCCCCUAAAUUCUGUAAUUGCGUCGAUUACAACAUUUUCCAGAAAAUUUAGACCUCAAAAAACUCGUAAAAAUGGCGUCUUCCUCUGUUACACUUCAAUAUUCUUCAACAGUUUGUCGAUUACCCAGUAAUUCUUCCACUUCAUUGAGCUUUAAUCAAAUCCCCUUUUCAGUUUCCUUCCCAUCUAAUCUUAAACGCUUUGGUCGUCUCUCUAUUCGAUCAUCUUCUGCUUCUGUUUCAGCAGCACCAGUCGAGGGCUUGGCUCCAGCAAUAUCUCUAACUGACAAUGCAGUGAAGCAUUUGAAAAGAAUGAGGUCUGAUCGGAAUGAGAACUUGUGCUUAAGAGUUGGUGUUAAACAAGGUGGAUGCUCUGGCAUGUCUUACACAAUGGAUUUUGAGAGCAGUGAGAACACAAAAGCAGAUGAUUCUGUGAUUGAGGUCAAUGGUUUCACUAUCGUUUGUGAUCCAAAAAGCCUAUUAUUCCUGUACGGAAUGCAGCUUGACUAUAGUGAUGCACUUAUCGGUGGAGGCUUCUCUUUCCAAAAUCCAAAUGCAUCAAAGACUUGUAGUUGUGGAAAAUCAUUUGCAGCGUAGGCUUGAAACUAUAUGUACAUAACAUACGCAAUGUAUGGUGUAGCUUUGAUUUGUUGGAUUGUGGAUACAUGGGCAUUAUGUUAGCGUGUUGAGUCUUUCAGACGGUGAAUUAUGUUAACUUGUCCUCAAGUCUCAGCAUGAAAUUAUUCUUUACUUUCAUAUGUAUCUUUUGGAUCUAGAUCAUGACUCAAUAGAGACAAUACUGCUUAUCACUUCUGUUCAGCAAAGUUCACAAAACGUGCUACUUUUAGACAUGAAGAUACCAUUUAAGUGAAUAAAUAGUACAAUUAGAUGAUUUAA